GCCCGAACUCGGGCGCGCAGGCCGCCGCUACCAUGGAGCUGCGCGCGCUGGUGCUGCUGCUGUUGCUGCUGCUGCUUCCCACGCAGGCGCCGGCCCAGGGGUCCCCGCGCGCUCCCGAGGCGCGCGACCGGCUUUGCGGCCGCCACCUCCUGCGCGCGCUGGUGCGCGUGUGCGGGGGCCCGCGCUGGUCCCGCGAGACAAGCGAUCCAGCCACUGGCAGCGACCGUGAACAUCUGCGACAACUUCCCUGGCCGGCGGCUGGUGGGGACACUGCACUGGUCGCUGACCGGCAGCCUCUGUCCCCGAAGGCCACCAACCUCGUGUACCACUGCUGCCUCACCGGCUGCACCCACGAAGACCUGCUGAGCCUCUGUCCCCACUGACCCUGCCCAGGCGGCCUCUGGGGACUUGAGGGACUCCACUCACCGGAGGGUGCGGCGCCCACUACUCCAGGACCCGCAGUUUUGCAGAGAUGCCGGACCCCGAGCCCCACCCUGCCUUCCUGCCACUCAGUCCCCUUCCUGCCACUUCCCCGGUUGGAAAUAAAUAUCCGUAAGCAGUG